AUGGCAGACGAUGAACUUCCAGGCCCCUCAGCCGCUGAAGAAUGUUACGGCUACGGCUACGGCUACGGCUACGGCUACGGCUACGGCUACGGCUACGGCUACGGCUACGGCUACGGCUACGGCUACGGCUACGGCUACGGCUACGGCUAUGGCUACUUCUUCGUCUUGUCUCGUUACGGCUACGGCUACGGCUACGGCUACGGCUACGGCUACGGCUACGGCUACGGCUACGGCUACGGCUACGGCUACGGCUACGGCUACGGCUACGGCUACGGCUAUGGCUACUUCUUCGUCUUGUCUCGUUACGGCUACGGCUACGGCUACGGCUACGGCUACGGCUACGGCUACGGCUACGGCUACGGCUACGGCUACGGCUACGGCUACGGCUAUGGCUACUUCGUGAGUGCAUGA